AUAUUGUUUUAUUAUAACGAGUGGCGCAAAAGCAACAUAUAUAUGCGCACAACUUCAAAUAAGAAAAGACUGACGAAUUGCAAAUCCCCGAUUAUAUUAUUUCCCCCUCAUCAGCUCGUUUUUUUUUCAAACAAAUACCACUAUACUUGUAAUUCACAGCAGAGUCACAGCCUCCGAAAAGGCACUCGCAGCAAGUUUCAAGAGAGAGAGAGAGAGAGAGAGAGAGAGAGAGAGAGAGAGAGAGAGAGAAAGAGAGAGAGAGAGAGAGAGAGAGAGAGAGGAGGAAGACGAACAUUACGAACAGAAUCAAGUGAAAUAUAUAGAGGUAGAGCAAAAAGCACAAAGAAGCUCACGCACAAGAUUUUAACCGUGAAAUGGAACAACGAGCUCAAUCUGCGUGGUGCAAUUGGCCUAAUGUAUUUUCUUUCAUAGGCUAAGGCCAAAUCAGUUUGAACAACGAAAACUUGGAUGCAACCUUGAUUGCGUGUCUAGAUUAUUAUAAGUAUUACGGUGCGAUAUGAUAACGAAAUUGAUUUCGAGAGAAACCAUCACAGCGAGCCAAUUUACGGUGACUCGACGGAAAACAACAAGAUGCGUCUGUGAUGCGUUUGGUCGCAUCUGCAAGUAACAGUAUUGUUUGGAGAAUGGGUUGUGUUAACAGUCACACAGAUAUCAAUGAUCUGCAUCUCAAUGUCUUUCAAGUGAUGAAUGUUGAUAAUUUGGGAAAUUUGAUCACACCUGGCAGAUUAAAGGUCACGGAUACUGACAUUAUUUUAUACCAAAGAGGCAAGACACCAGUCAAAUGGCCUUUACGCUGUUUGCGUCGUUAUGGCUAUGAUGCUGAAAUAUUUAGUUUCGAGUCAGGCAGGCGCUGUUCUACAGGUGCAGGAAUAUAUGCCUUCAAGUGUCGUAGAGCAGGCCAGCUCUUUAAUCUUGUUCAAACCAAUAUUCAGCAAGUUUGUACUAAUGGCGAUGACACAAUUUCAAGAGACAUGUCCAUUGGCACGCAUUCUGGGCCUAUUGUAACUAGUCGAGUGACAAUACCAUCAGAACCCAACUAUCUGGAUCCAACAACAGUUGGAAAUUCGAAUCGCAAUGCAUCUAGAUCAUCUCAACAAAACAGAAAUGGAAGGUUGAGCAGCAUUGGAAGUAGUAGUGGUCCAAUGUCUCCUCAAGGAACAAUGGGCUCUCCUUCACCACCUCCUACACUUCCAUCAGCAUUGCCACCACCUCCACCUAUUACGUCGCAUGUCCAUCUAUCCUCACUGUAUGUUAAUGAGGAAGUUCUACAAUCAACUAUGGCUGCAGAUAUGGAACACAAUAACAAUAAGAGUUUAGCAAGAAGACCAAUGCAAAGAUCACACACAGUCAGUAGUUCAACAUCAAGCAGUGGCUUUCUGUCUUUUGAACAAGUAUCUGGUCAUGUAGUUGGUACUGAAGCUUUAUCAUCAAGCCAUAAUCGUGCAAUAAUGCCUCCACAAGCGUCGACUGCGUCUUACAUGAACAUUGACCUUGCUAGUGAUGCUAGUCCACUUUCUCCCUCGCAUAGCACAUGCGACUCUUCUACACCUUUGCGCGAAGAGGCAGCUGAUACUUUAGAGUCUAGCAAUGGGAUUGCUCGGGCUUACAUGAACAUUAAUCCGGGUCAAGAAAAAAUCGAACCUUUAGCUAACAUUGUCAAGACUCGUCCACCUGCCCUCUCAAUCUUACCGCAUCAAUCUGAUUCGGAAGAUGGCUCGAGGCAUUGUUACGCUAAUCUCGAAGCUAGCGAAAUAGAAGGCCUAAAGAAGCGUUUUUCUGCUACUUUCAUUGCGGAUAAAUUACCUCUUCAAUUGCACACGCCACCACCUCACCGUAUCAGUAGCAGCAGCAGUACUGUAAUCCGAGGAGUGAGUUAUGCAGUUUUAGAUUUAGACAAGAAAGAAGCUGCACCAAAUAUUGGCGGUACAAUAACCUCGACGACAAAUGUUACGACUACAACAACAACAACUACGAUAACACCGACGACGACUACGACUUCAUCUGCAGAAUCAAUAGGUACAACUCAACCAGCAACACCUGCGUCGCCUCCAGAUUCGCCGCUCAAACCUCAACAAAUCGGCUAUGUAACUAUAGAUUUCAACAAAACCACUGCUCUCUCUCAUUCCGUCAAUUCGAGUCUGGUCAAUGAUAUCGAUGAAGGCUCAAGAAAAACCCGCCAUAAUUCCACAAUAAGUGAAUUUAUUCUUCCACCUUCAACAAGGCACAACUCUUCUAUGAGUGAGUGAUUUCUACUGCAUCAUUUGAUUGUUUACUUGAUAUUUUUUUAAAAAGAUGCCAUUUCAAAUUUUUUGUACUAUAUAAAGCCUAAAGAGUCUUAACUGCUGCCUCAUUUUAACGGCCUCUUAAUAGACUUUUAUUAUUAAAUAAAUUGAAACAGAUUUGAAAUUUUAAUUAUGAGAUAACAGUUCAAGUUCAAUAUAAUACAUAAAAAAUUGAUUGUGACUUCUUACAGAAGAGCAAGAGCAUGGGAAUUUUACUUGUAACAUACUAAAGAUUAAUCAUUAAUUAAGUCAUAUGCAUUAGCAAAAAGUAAAAAUUUGAUUAUUCUUGUUUUACUUUAUUUCCUAUUAUAAAUGCUAAAUAUUUUCACUCAAGAACUAAUGAAUAUGAGGAAUUAAUACUAAAUAUUAAUUAUAUUGGAAGAAGGAGAGAGAGAUCAAGAUAUAUAAUAAUAAUUAUAAGCAGAAAACUACAAGAUUCAUGAAUUGCUACAUUAGUUAAAAAAAAAACAAUAAUUACAAAACAAUAAUCCAUCACUUUCAACAAUGAAAAAGUCGUCGUUUAUACUAUCAACCUGUCCAAAGACCUGUUAAAAGAAGUGAAAAAACUUGAAAGAGUUAAUGGAAAGUUUUUAGAGAAUUAAACUAGUUGUAGGUAAAUCCUUUUAUAAGACGAAAAAAAGAAGUAACGCGCAUGUUGUGUACAAUGUAUGUGAUAAUAGAAGGCGAAUACUCUAGUAUUAAGAAAAACAUACACUUAUAAAAAUAAACGAAUUUUGUGUCAAAGUAGAUGCCUAUGAAUUGUAUACGCUGAAAAAAAAACAUUUUUUAAUAUGUGACGCGCUCAAAACAGGCAUUGCGCGCAGUAGCCAAAGAAACUAGAUUAGCUGUAGUACAUUGUAGUGCUAUUGUAUAGAGUACAGUUUCUUUUAAAGAUGAAGUGAACAGUUAAUUUUUUUUAAUAGAAAAUUGAAGGGUUUUUCGAAUGAUAGGAGGAUUUGCGUAAAGAUAAAAUAGCUUUGUAUUGUGCCAAGAAAACGUCUUGUAUUGAUCAUCUGUUACUGAAAGAUUAAUAUUUCGUAAAUGACUUAUAGUGCAAUAUCUUAUGAACUUUUCAAUAAGCAUUUAGAAACAUUGUUGUUUCUUAGCAUUUACAGAUUUGUUUUGUUUUUAUAAAAUGAUGGAUAUACUUUCCUCGUUGCAAAUAAUAAGCUUGAUUUCUUUUGUGGACAUCAUAUUAAUAACAUUUGCAUUUAUAAUGCGGAAUAGAUACAUCGAAAUGAUUUGUUAGGUAUAGUACUGUUAAAUCCUAUAAAAGAAAUUAUAAACGUCAAGAGUUAGAGUGUCAAAUGCGUAUAGUAAAUGUUAAGAAAAAGAAAAAUUGCAAAGACAUGUCAAGUCCGUGGCAGUAUUACUUUACACAUACAUCGUUGCAAGGUACAAAAAGCUAUUUAAAAAAUUUAAGCAGAUGAUUUUCUGAAAUUUUUUGAAAGUUUUUGUUCAGUAAACUGCAGUAAAGCCAAUGUAAUUACAGUAAAUUAGUAAUUAGUAUAUGUCCAUAGGCAGAAGCCAUUCGGUGACAGCAUACUUUUUAUCAGGCACAAUAAAAAAACUUGACUAAAUAUUUUGUCCAUACCAUUUAGAAGAUCGAAAUUUACUAUUACUAAACAAGUUGGUUAAUGCAAAUUUAUCGUAGAUUUAAGAGAAAUAUCAUGGGCGUAUGGAGGAAAGUGAUAAUUUUAUUUUUCUAUAAAUAGUGAAGAUGGCAAAGGUGUCUUUCAAUAACGCAUCGAGAUUAAAGGCGUAUAACGGUACAAGUUGUAAUUCGAAAACGAUUUGCAUCGCGCAAGGUAUGAUUUAGUUUUAAAAACUUUCGCCAAUUACUUGAAACGACCUAAACGCAUAAUGUACGCGCAGACAGGCCAUGUUGUAUAUUUUAGUAUAUGCAGGAAACGCAUUGUUUCAAAUUGUUUUAUAAUAAUGAUGAUUGUAUAUUUAUAUAGGAAACCAAAGAAAAAUGUAAUAUGGAAUGUUUGUGCCUCAUUUUGAAUGACGCAAGCAUCUAAGACUAUUAUGUAUAAACAAUGUUGGAAUGUUAAAACAAAAA